AAGGUUGUACCGAGGCGCCUUUCCUCAUUUUCUAAGCAUUCUUAGAAUUUUUGAACGACCUAUCCUCCAAAUACUUCCGGGUCAUCUCGCUCGGCUAGGCUACUAUAGGAAAAGAAAGUUCCCAAGCAAGAGGCUCAUCAUGUUCGGUGCUUCUUCUGGUUCAGUGUAGUGCACACGGUGUGCUGUGGUGCAGGAAGUGAACUCUGAACCUUCAUUUCAACGGACUUCGUGUCAGUCCUCAGUUCGAGACGACUCCCUACCCGUGGCAGUCAUUUUGUCCAACAGUUUUCCACACAAAUCUCACUUACCACCGACAAUGGCUGAUAAAACAAGCUUUGUGGAUACCAUCGUUCAUCUGGAUGUUAAGACGUAUCCUGACCCAACAUUUCUCUCGCUUCGUGUGACAUCAACAUCGAUGUAAUGUUAUGCAGGAUUAUUAUGGAAAAAAGUUGCAGAAGACCUCAGAUCUGAAGAGUAAUGCCUGUGUGGCUCCAGCCCAGCCCUACCCAAAAUUCAUCCUCCAUGCUCUGAGGAAAGUUCAUCCUGAUGUGACUGACAGAUACUAUGGUUGUGGUCUGGUGGUGCCAGAAUGUUUGGAGGACUGCAGGAUUCUGGACUUGGGCUGCGGGAGUGGCAGAGACUGCUACAUGCUGAGUCAGUUGGUGGGAAAGGCUGGCCAUGUUACUGGCAUCGACAUGACUGAGGAUCAGCUUGAAGUGGCCAGGAAACAUGUGGACUUUCACAUGAAGGAGUUUGGCUACAAGAAGCCCAAUGUGACUUUUGUCCAGGGCUACAUCGAGGCCUUAACGGAGGCGGGUCUGGAAAAGAACUCUUUUGAUGUCAUCAUCUCCAACUGUGUGGUGAAUCUUUCUCCAGACAAGAAGCGAGUCCUGUCUGAAGCCUACAGUGUGCUCAAGGAUGGUGGUGAAUUUUACUUCAGUGAUAUCUACAGCAAUGGAAGACUAACUGGGGAAAUUAAAAACCACAAAAUCCUGUGGGGGGAGUGUUUAGGUGGCGCACUGUGGUACAAAGAUCUGCUGCAACUAGCCGAGGAAGUAGGAUUCAGUCCACCAAGGCUUGUUUCAGCCAGCAUUGUCACUGUUGAUAACAAAGAACUGCAAGCCAUUCUGGGCGACUUCAAGUUUGUCUCUGCCACAUACCGUCUGUUUAAGGUCCCAAAAGGCAGCCCAAAGCCAUGUAAAGUCAUUUAUAAUGGAAGCAUUACAGGGGCAGAGGACUCCCUCCACUUUGACUGUCAGUACACCUUCAAGCCAGAUCAAGUGGUGGAUGUAGAUGGUGAAUUAGCUGCCAUCCUGACCCAUUCCAGAUUUGCACAGGACUUCACUUUCCAGCCACCAGGAGGCUCCUGUGAACCUUGUGGAGUCAAACCAGAGGCACGUUGUGAGGAUCCUUUCCAGCUUGCUGUGCAGUUGCCAAAACAGGGUCCAGGUUCAACCACAGGGGGGUGCUGCAAUACAAAGUCUGCUACCUGCUGCAAGUGAUUGUUGGAUGAGUUCAGCAACCCAACAUCAUAAUGUCAGCACUUGGUAGACUGGACAUCAGUGUUUCUCAACUGUUGUCACCCUGGGACCCGCAUUUUCUUAAAAACUGUUGAAAAAAUGUUUGCCUAUGUAAAUAAAAUGUCAUACUUUAAAAACAUAAAUACAUGUUCAAAAGUACCUUACAGAGACCCUUAAAAAGAAACUGUAUGAACAUGACAACUAAAUGUACAAUGAAUAAUACAAAGAAUUUCACUUAAAUCUUGGCACUGAUUUCUUCUUUUUAGGAAAGUCCCUUACUAGUAAUAGUUUUUCCAUGCAUACCUGUCAAAAUAAUGUGAUUUUCCAAAUUAAAGGCAAGUCCAACUUGG